GCAUUAUUUCUAGAGAAUCAGUGCAACAUGUCAAGUUCUUUUAUUUAUAGCUUUAUACAUGAAGGAAGAACAUUCUUUUAAUAUACAUAUCUUUGAGUUUUAAAUAGAUUUAUUCACAAAAGCAGUCUGAAAAAAUUAUAACUUUUGGAUAUUUAAUUAAAGUAUGUUAAACACACACAAAGUGUGAUGUAUAUAUAAUCAAUAAAAUAAUAUAACAAAUAGAAGAUUAUCACAAAUAGACAUGUUACAGAUUAGCCUUUGGAGUUAUAUAUUGUGAUAUGCAGAAUAUUAGCUUGAAUAAAUGUCCUACUAAUAUUAUAGAGAACAAAGUUCUUCAAAAUAUUGCAGAAUGUGACAUAAAUGAUGAUGAAGUAGUAACUUUACAGCAACAAAUAACAGAAUUGAAUAAAACUAUUGUAAAUUUAGAAGAUGCUAUACAAAUAAAAGAUACACAAUUAGAAAACACACAUCGAGAGAAAGGAAGAUUAUUGGCAGAACUAAAGAAGCAACAAAGAUGUAAUAGAAACCUUAAACAACAGUUAGAUGAUGAGAGAUUUUUUUAUCAAAGGGAGAAAGACCACUUCAUUGAAGAAAUGCAACGGUAUAGGACUAAACAUUCUGGUAACAUGUCAAAGUUUCAGCAACAACAGCAUAAGGAACUAGAACAAACGGAAAAUAAGCGACUCAAAGAGGAAUUGGCGAAUAAAAAUGAAGUUAUAUAUAACACAUGUAUAAAGUUUCUUCGUAUGAAACAUGCCAAGGAUACAUUAAGAUAUAAAUUGGAUCAGCUUUUACACGAGCAUCUACUAGUAAUAGCAGAAAUGAUGGAAAAGUUAGAUGAAGCGAGAAAAGAACUUAACUUGAUUGUGUCAGAGAAAUUUCAGGAACCAUUGCCCCUCAAUAAAGCUAAAUUUUUACAAGUUGUGCAAAGAAAUAAUAGAUUGAUGUAUGAAAAUGCGACAUUAAAGGUACAAAUUCAUCAACUUACACAAAACAUAGAAAAGUUAAAAAGUCAGAUGCAAAGACCGAAAAAGAUUAAUAUAGAUGCUAAGAUUAUUGAGAAAUUAUCGACACAAAAUAGUACAAGGUCAACUCUAAUCAACAAAACGGAAAAAAUCGCUUUACUCUCUAAAUUAUCUCAACCUAUCGAUUAUUUUGAAGACGCAAAGGUAAUGUCACAACUGCAUUACAUUGAUACGCGAAAUGUUGAAAAUUACGAUUUUAAAAAAUUUCAGACCGAACGCGCUCAAAGUGCACCGGGAAUUGUAGAAACAUCCGCAAAUUCUCAACAGAAUAGAUAGCUCUUCGAAAUAAACAAUAUGUGUUGAAUUACAUUUUUCGUCACAUUAAUCGAUCAAAAGUGACAGGAGACAGCUGAUAGGAGAUGAGAGAUAAAGAUAAAAAAAAUUAGCUUUACUUUGUUGCUAAUAUUUUACUCCCUCGUUGAUAUAAAAGAUCUCCUUCUUCAUCUGAUAUCACGCAAGAUAAUGUCGACGAGCUCUUUUUUAUCGACCGAUUGAAUAUUAGAAAAAAUAUAGAGGGCGAUUACAGUCACUCUUUUUGAUUUCAAAAUCACUUGCUUCCCGCUUUCCUUGUGCAACACACAUGGAAUCAUCGCUCUCAUCUUUUUGCAUCAUAGGAGUUUCAACGCGUAUAUUUCCCUUCAUCUUAAUUUCUCAAAAAGGUCAGUAGCUUGAAUUUAUUUUCUACGAUUUUGUGCCAAUCAAAAAUUAAAAAUUUCAAAGGCUGAUUAUGUAUCGUUGCGCUAUUCCGUCUACGCGAUGUGCAUGAUAUUAUUAGCAUUUUCUGUUCAUAUUAAUGCAAUUAUAAAAGCUAUUAUACGAACUGAAAGAAC